CUCCUCCAUUCCGUCCACCCUUUUCGCGUACCAUCAUCGCACCCUCUCUCUCUCUCUCUCUCCUCGCGACGUCUCCGUUCGCUCGAAACCCGGCCCCCAAAAAUCUCUCAAUUUCGCUAACCCAAUCCUCUCUCUAUCUCUCUCUCUCUGUGAUCCAAAAAAGAUCACCCGAAUUCCCCGUCGAGAAAAUCCCGUCACUCGAAUCGCCACCUCAGCCCUAACCACCCAAUCCCGUCAAUCCCGACCACCGCCCGACCCCUAUCUCCUAGGGUUUCCGUUACCCCGUGAACCCCGCUACGAUCUGGGGUUUCCAAACACCUCGAAUUUCAAUCAAUCGCCGCUCUAGGGUUUUCCUAUUGAUGUUUGUCGAUAGGGGUGAAGGAGGAUACAGCGGUACCGGCGGCGGCGGAGAUGGACGGAGGGGGAGAUUAUGCGUCGGCGGCGGGAAGGUGAGCAGCAGCAGCUCGGGAUAAGCCGCCGGCACAUGUGGUCAGUCCCCGCGGCCGAUACGUCUUCGUCGUCGUUAGCUGGUUCGGAUUCAGCUGCCGUGAUUACCCCCGGUGGUUUUUACAAAGAUGGACGCAAGAUUUGUGUAGGUGAUUGUGCACUUUUCAAGCCACCCAAAGAUUCCCAACCUUUCAUUGGAGUAAUCCGUUCUCUAAUCGUAGGCAAAGAGGAAAAUCCCAGAUUGUCUGUAAAUUGGCUCUACCGACCUGCUGACAUAAAGCUUGGAAAAACUACAUUGGUAGAGGCUGCACCCAACGAGGUUUUUUACUCCUUUCACAGGGAUGAGAUACCAGCUGCAUCGUUACUCCACCCGUGUAAAGUCACAUUCCUUCGUAAAGGUGUUGAGCUUCCUUCAGGGAUAUCCUCAUUUGUGUGCAGAAGAGUAUAUGAUACUGAGAACAAGUGUUUAUGGUGGUUAACUGAUAAAGACUACACUAAUGAACGGCAGGAAGAAGUAGACCAGUUGUUAGACAAGACACGUCUAGAAAUGUAUGGAGCAGCGCAGUCUGAGGGACGCUCUCCAAAGCCCCUGAAUGGUCAAAGUGGAAUACAGCAGUUAAGGCCUGGUUCAGAAAGUAUACAUAACAGUACUUCUCCCUUACCUUCUCAGGUCAAGGGUAAAAAGAGGGAUCGGGGCGAGCAAGCCUCUGAUCCUGUCAAGCGAGAGCGUGUCUCCAGAGGAGAUGAUACAGAUUGUGGUCAAUUGAGUCCAGACAACAUAUUGAGGUCUGAGAUUGCUAAAAUAACUCACAAUGGCGGGCUUGUAGAUUUUGAAGGGGUUGAGAAAUUUGUUCAACUAAUGCAACCUGGAACUGUAGAAAGGAAACUAGAUUUGGCAUGUCGGUUAAUGCUUGUUGGUGUAAUAACUGUUACAGACAAUUUUGAUUGCCUUGGUUGGUUUUUACAGCUUAGGGGUUUACCAGUUCUGGAUGAAUGGCUACAGGAGGUUCACAAGGGAAAGAUAGGUGAUGUUAAUAACCAAAAGGAAAGUGAUGGAUCUGUUGAAGAGUUUCUUUUGGUUUCGCUUCGAGCAUUAGAUAAGCUGCCUGUAAAUCUUCAUGCACUACAAACUUGUAACGUUGGCAAAUCAGUGAAUCAGUUGCGAAGUCAUAAACAUUCUGAGAUUCAGAAGAAGGCUAGGAGCUUAGUUGACACAUGGAAGAAACGCGUUGAAGCUGAAAUGAAUAUUAUUGAUGCCAAGUCUGGGUCUAGUCGAGGUGGUUCAUGGCCAUCAAGGUCAGUGCUUUCCGAAGUUUCUCAUGUGGGGAACAACCGGCGUAAUGGAGGUACCUUUGGACCCACACAAUCUUUUGCGUGUAAAACACCAUGUGAUAAGCUUGGUUCUGCUAGCUCAACAAAAUCAGCUGCAUCAGUUAUUUCUUCUGGAGGUAGCGGAAAGGAAUUGAAUUCCACUGCUUUGGUUGGUGGUGGAUCCUCAGAUGUGCCUCUAGCGACAAUUAAGGAGGAGAAAAGCAGCAGUUCCAGUCACUCUCAGAACAAUAGCCAAUCUAGCUCGAGUGAUCGUGGGCGGAGUUCUACUGCUGGUUCGGUGAAUUUAAGUAAGAUGUCAGGUGGUGUUUCUCGCCUUCGGAAGUCAAAUGUUGUUACUCAAGGGUCAACCGUAUCAGGGUUUCAAAAGGAAACUAGUUUGGGAAAAUUAACCUCUCUAAGUAGGCACUUGGCUUCUGAAAAGUUGUCACCUACUAGAGGGACUCAUGAUAGAGCAACUGAUGUGCCCCCUGUAGAACAUGGUAGUAGCCAUAGACUGAUUGUCCGGUUGCCGAACACUGGUCGAAGUCCUGCACCAUCUGCUAAUGGAAAUUCUUUUGAAGAUCCCACUGCUACAGUAGUCAAGGUGUCUCCUUCAGCACAGUCUGAGAAGCUUGAUCAUCAUGAUAUAAAAGUCAAGGGGAAAAGUGAUGAUGCCUUAAAAGCUAGCGGGGCCUCAAACACAAACAUGGAUGAAGGUAAUGCGUCAUCAAAUGUUGUUCCUUGUAGUGAUAGGAGGACUGCUGAAGAUGGUGAGAAGCCAACUGAAGUGUCCAAAGUUGCUGCUUCACCAUUAGGUGCUACAACCAAACAUGGGGAGUCAUAUGAUGCUUCCUUCAGCCCUAUGAAUGCUUUGGUUGAAAGCUGUGUCCAGUUCUCUGAAGCUAGUCCAACUGCCUUGGGCGGUGGUGAUGAUGUUGGGAUGAAUCUGCUUGCCAGUGUGGCUGCUGGAGAGGUAUCUAGGUCUGAUGUAUCACGAUCUGACCCUGAGGACUCUUGCUCUGAAAAUGAUACGAAAUCGAGACAGUUCGAUGAUAAUACCGCUCAAAGUUCAGAUCUACCUGAUAAUGAGGCAAAUGAUCGUGCUACGGCAGGUAAUUCUGUUGAUUUUUCGCUUGUUAAGAAUGAAUCUCAAAAUAAUGCUGUGCCUUUGUCGACUAACUUGUCUGGAGAUGGCAAAGUUGCUUCAAUAUGCGCUGAAGAGAAGACAGGGGAGUGCAGCGGACAAAUUAAUUCUUCCAGUGGUGAUUUGCAACGAAAUGCAUUUGGCUCAUACUUGAAAUCAGAUGGCAAACCUGGUCUUGUAAAGGAUGAUUCAGUGGUUCUCUCUUCUAAAGAUGGUACAAAAGGGGACAAGGUGGAUGGUGAAGGAGCUGACCAGUUGCAUGCCCAUAGAAAGUCAAGUGCUGUCCGAGUGCGAAUUAACAAUCCAUCAACUUCCAAACUUAAGGGGAGGAGUCCACAUUCCGAUGAAACAGAAAAAGUUGACAAAAAGGUUGUCGAAAGUGGUGCAGUAAAGUUUCCAGAAGACUCUGCUUGUGAAAAAGUUGAGAAAGAUAAUGAAGCAUCACCUUCUCGAUCCUGUUUGGAUGUGGGCAGGGAGGACAAGAGAGGCAUCUUAACGGAGGAAAAACCACCCAUUACAGCGAACAGCCACCUAGAAUCUAUAGGUGGAGAAAAGGAUGCUACUACUAUACCUUCUGGAUCUGUUGAUUUUGUGUGCAUGGAAAUGAAGGAUGAGAAGGCUAUUGAAUCGAAAGCAGUGAGUCAGACUGAGCGGAGUGAGAAACAAUUAACCGACUUGAGUUCAUCAAAUCUGGGUCAAAACAAGGAAUGUGUGGAGGAGAAAUCUGAACCAAAAGAUGUCAGUGGUCACUGUCCUGAUGGGCCCACACCCCAUGAAGAGCCUUCCACUAACCCUGUGCAACAAACAGAACAGUGUGUAAAGUCUAUCAGGGUUAGGUUGGAUGAAACUGAAGCUGGUGGGAUGGGGGAAUGUUCUUCCAGUGCAAAUGGUGGUUCUUCAGUAAAGUUGGACUUUGAUCUGAAUGAAAGUUUCCCUGUUGAUGAUGGGUCCCAAGGGGAAGUUGCCAAAUCAUCAGUUCCAGGAAAUUUGUCCCCUGUGUAUCUGUGCCCAUUACCUUUUCCUGUUUCCUCCAUGUCUCCUAGCUUUCCAGCUUCAGUUACCGUAGCUUCUGCUGCCAAAGGACCCUUUUUCCCCCCGGAAAACCUGUUGAAGAGAAAGGGGGAACUUGGAUGGAAAGGAUCAGCUGCUACCAGUGCGUUCAGGCCAGCGGAACCCAGAAAGGUUUUGGAAAUGCCUAUAAGUACAAGUGAUUCCCCUCCUGUUGAUAGCAAGAAAGGACGCCCUCGUCUCGACAUUGACCUGAAUGUACUGGAUGAGACUUGUUUGGAAUCUGGUCCACUUGAUUGUCGUGGUGGUGGACUUGGUCUUGAUUUGAACAGUGUUGGUGAGUGUCCUGAUGUUGGUCAGUUUCCAGUUAGCAACAGCCAUAAAUUGGAAAUUCCCCAGUUGUCCAACAGAUCGUCAUUGUCUGGUGUAUUACCUAAAUCUGGGUUGAAUGCCAGUUCUAGGGACUUUGAUUUGAACAAUGGACCUGGUUUUGAGGAAGGGCCCACUGAAACAGCACCACGUGCCAAAAACAAUGUGCAAUUUGUAUCACCAAUCCCUGGUUUGAGAAUGAAUGUUGCAGAGCAAGGGAAUUUUUCGUCAUGGUUCGCACCACCAAGCAACUCCUACUCAGCCAUUGCAAUUCCGUCUGUCCUCUCAGGUAGAGGGGAGCAGAGUUAUCCCAUUGUUCCUGCUACUGGGUCCCCAAGGAUCAUGGGUCCCCCCUCUGGUGGCACCUCUUUUGGUCCUGAAUUCUACCGGGGCCCAGUGUUAUCGUCCGCUCCUGCUGUUCCUUUUUCCCAUGCUGCCCCAUUUCAGUAUGCAGGAUUCCCAUUUGAGACCAAUUUUCCUGUGUCGUCAAAUUUGUAUUCAGGUGGUUCAACGGCAUAUGAUUCGUCCUCUGGUAGGCCCAUUUGCUUCCCUUCCAUUCCUUCGCAGAUGGUGGGACCCUCAGGUGUAGUAUCUUCACACUACCCUCGGCCCUACAUGGUGAACCUUCCGGGUGGCACAAGUAAUCUUGGUCAUGAAAAUAGAAAAUGGGGAGGUCAAUCCCUGGAUCUCAAUACAGGCCCAGGUGGUACAGAUUUGGAGCGUCGAGACGAGAGGUUGUCUUCGACAUUAAGGCAGCUACCCAUUAGUGGGCCCCAAGUCUCGGCUGAUGAGCAUAUGAAGAUGUAUCAGAUGGCACCACUGAAAAGAAAGGAGCCUGAUGGUGGGCGGGACGGAGAUAGGGCUAGCUACAAGCAAUCUUCAUGGCAGUAGGACGUAGUUGGUGCAUAGUUAGUAUCCGGCAUGGAGGUACAUCUUCCAGAGUGGAGCUGAUUCAGAAGUGGGGCCAUCAACAUACACAUGAUUGUAGGAAUUGAAACUGACAAAUUUUUUUUUUUAGUGUGUGUAAUACUUGUAUUUUCUGCAUGCGGCGUUCGAAAACUAGUUUUUGCAAACUUAAAAUGCCAUACUUGGCAGCCUUACAGAGCUCAGCGUUUCAAAAAUUCAUCCUUAGUCUUUUUUUACUCUUGCAGCUAUUUUGAGGGUGGCAAAUCCAAGCAGUGAGUUGACUAAUUGGUCAAAUUUUGAGCAUUAUGGAGGAAAUGAGUUCGAAGGUGUGAUGCACUUUAUUCUCUGCUGUUGAACUCUUUUCACCUUUGGAAGACCACCUGAAGUACUAGAAGCAUCUGUAUUGCUCAAAUCUGUUCUUACAUGGUGGCCAACUCCGGAUCCAUUCCCGUUGUAGAUAUUAACUUUUGGAGAGCACAUUUGGUCUGCUGUCCUGUAACUAUUUUGCGCUGACACAUAUGAACUGAGCUUGUAGAACUUCCCUGAAGGUAGCUGGUUUGUAUCUUCUUGUUCUCCCCUUUUAUUUGCAUAGUUACAACUGUAGUCCCGAGUCCUGACUACUUAGAUUUUGGUAUCUUGUCACCUCUCCAUCCAUAACUGUAUUGCAUGUACCAACCGCCAUAGUUUGAUGUGUUGAUAGUUUCCAUUUCUUUCUUAAAUGUAUUAUAACCUGGGGAUUGCCUCAUUUCGCAACUCAAUUACUGUCCCCUUUUGCAACUCUGUUACGUUCGAAUGAGAACAGUGCAAAUCUUGCUCUGGUGCUGCUA